CAGACUGAACGGCGCGUCCAGCCGUCCGCCUCGAUCAAACGACCACGCGCCCCGAUUCGCCAUGGGCUGAUGUCGCGUCGCCCGCUGCACGAGCAGAACUUGCAGGAAAUCGCCCGUGCGCCGGCCAGCAGCGAGGCCAGUGGCCAGCUGAUUAGUUUCAGCGCGGGAGCUCCGGGUUUCAGCGCGCCAAGGCCGGCUGUGCCGUACAGGGGCCUCCUGGCGCGCUGGCGACAGGGCGCGCAGGCCUUCUGGUGGCACGGUCUUGCGAGACCAGUGCCAUGCCAAGAUGCCAAGCGCCCGCGCUUGGACGACGAAUGGAGCCAAGGGAAGGUGGCCGCUCUGGCGAAGUACCUGGCCCAGCGGGGCAAACACGUGCAGCUGCAGGGCUGGACCGCCCGCACCGAGGUUCGGAAGACUGGGAACUCCGCGGGGCACGCCGACCUGUACUGGUUCUCUGAGACCGGGCGCCGCUUCAGAUCCAUGGCGGAGGUGGCGCGCCACUUCGGGCUCGAGGAGCCGCGGAAGUGAAGACAAGCCGCAUGCCGAGAAAUCGGUGCUGGGCACAAGGGGCAGAGAGAACUGGUUCCAUUUGC